AGCUCGCUGCAGCUACAAAGGCUGUCGUAAAGAGUUGGAAAGAAGAGAUGGCGGAUCGCGCGUUCCGUGGCGGCGCGGGAGGGAGAAGCAGUGUGGGGGGAGGUGGCCGCGGCCUCAAUGAGAUGAGUAUGCGGAUCCCGACCGGCGCGGAAGGUUCAGGUAUAUCGCGUCGGCGCGCCAGUACGAACGACCAGGCCAUGGAGGACCUAGACAACAUUCUGAGCGACUCGAAAUCCAUCAUGCGGCAGCGCGGCACCUUCAACGACGAAGGGCCGCCGGUAAACCGGAGCACUUUCCAGACCUCGACAGAGGACCACGACGACCUGCUCGGCCUGCCGUCUUCCGUGCGAGGACGCCUCUCGGCGCAGCAACUGGGCGGGAGUGGAAAUGCACAAUCUUCGACCGGCGGUCCUCCCGUGUUGCGCGGCACCGUCCCGGACGAGUUGAAAGCCGCGCUGUCACAGGCCGCUGCGCUGAGCGCGGCAGCGACCGGGAAGAUCGGAUUUGGAACAAGUAACACGAAGCAAGUUGGUCCUGG